AACGUGCGGAGUUUACAUUUAGUUGCGAUCCGUGUUCCUUGAUUUGUUUACAUAUUUAUUCUCGCAGAGUGACAUUUGAUAAUUUAAAAAUUUUUGUAAAAUCAUUUAAAUCGGUUUUUUCUAUCCUAAACCGCGUAGUAAAUUGUUCAGGUACUCUUUAAAAAUAUAUUUGUUUUGGUUUUAUUUGAAGUAUUGAAUAUUUUCAAAAUUUGUUUUUGUUGUGUAAAGUAUUUUGGAGUACCUAUUUGUCGGGGUGGUACGAGUUGGGGUGGAUAUAUUAAAAAAUAUCGCAUUAUACAAGUGUCAGAUUCAUAUACCUAUCAUCAGCUGUCCGGGGUUCCGAAUCGACGAUACCGCACAUGCGUCGACCCCACUUAGGGUCGUAGAGGGGACAACAGCUGAGUUCAGAUACAAACUCAAAACAUACAGUUCGUGUUUUCAGUAUUCAUCCUACAUUCGAGGAGGAGAGUGUAAUAUGCUAAGCUAGCCGGGUGCAAGGCACUUGAGGACUUAGACAAAUUUUUCUCCUGAUUAUAAGUGACUUUCUUAGUGGGUGUUGUGCGAUUUUUUUUAUUUGAAAUUUAUUUUGGAUAUGUUGCCGCAAACCAUGGAUGCCUCGCGUUCUGAGACACCCUCUCUCAGUGGUCAACCCAUCUUUGGUUCUCAGUUGGUUGAUAAAAAUUCGUCAACUCCCUACUCUGAUGCAACUCAGACAAAAAAGAACAAUCCGAAUCACAUUAAGAGACCGAUGAAUGCGUUCAUGGUAUGGUCUCAGAUCGAGCGCAGAAAAAUCUGUGAAGUAAGUCCAGAUAUGCACAACGCCGAGAUCUCCAAAAAGCUGGGCCGGAGAUGGAAACAACUGAACGAUGAAGAACGUCAGCCGUUUAUCGAAGAAGCCGAACGCCUACGUCAAUUACAUCAGAAAGAGUACCCUGACUACAAAUACCGUCCCAGAAAGAAAAGUACCAAGCCAACUCCCAAACCCAGUUCUUCUAAAAAGAACAAGAAAUCAUCCAAGUUGCAUAAAAAUGAUACAAAUAAUAAUAGCUCCAUAGUCAAUGAAAAGAUUUACGCCAGACGUAGCACAGUGCCUGAAUCGGUGGCAUCGAAAUUGAAAUUUAGGUUGACCAAUGUUGCAGAGCAAAGGCAGCUCAAUAGGAUAGUCGAAACAGAAGACCAUAUAAGACAGAGCAUGCCUUUGCCUCCGAUGAGCUUCCUGGCUAAGGUACCGUCGAGUCCUUCAUGUGAUACUCCGGAUUCACCAGAAAGUGCUACCAUUUAUGACGAUACCUGGGUCAGCCAGUUCACCACAGUCAAAGAAGAGCCUGAAGAUAGGUUGUCCCAUCCACAGAUUACUCCAGCCUCGUUAGACGAUUUAGACAGGAUCGACGACCUAUUACCAAUGGAUGGGAUCAAUCUUGAAGAAUUAGCGGAUAUCGAUACCAACUUCGAUACUGCUUCAAAUAGUUCCGGAUCGCACCUAGAUUUCUCAUGUCCCAAGGAUAUUCCGAUGUUCUCUAACAUCGAAAACGAAACAUGGGCCGAAAUGCAAACAGCGGCGUUUCUAAUGUGAGGAAGAGAUUAAGACUGUUUUUGAGAUUUUACUGUGUGUGGAGGCACAAUUAUACUGUUAAUAUUUUGGGGUUGGUCCUCAUUAUAUAGAACGAUGGCCACAUCGACAGUUUUUAUAUUGUUAUAAAUAUUCUUAACCCCAAACAUUGAUCUCAUUUUGCGUUUAUUAUUUUUGUAUUUAUCAUUACGAUGUAUUACCAGAAUCUAACAGUUUUACGUAAGACAGUCAUUUUAGAUCGAGAAUGCCACUAUAUUUAAACUGCCACUGAAAAUCGCAUUCCUAAGGGAUCUGUAUAUAUAAAUAUUUUUAUGUAAACGUGUUUGUGACGAAAUAAAUGGUUCUGGUAGUCAGAUUUGUCGAAAUUUUUAAAUGCAAAUGGAUGUAUAUCUUACCUAUUUAUUUACUCCUUUGUUUCUUAUUUCAUUGAGUACUUUCAUAUUUUUUUAGCUUACCAACAUUUUGUUACGCUCUAGACUCUAGACUCUAGGCCAUAUUCGUAUUCAGUAAAAUUGCACAUAUUAAAUCUGAUAACUAAUGCAUGAUAAUUUUUUGCAUUUCAACGGAUUCGUAUUCCAUUGAUUCCCUCUAAGUUACCCCUGUUUGGCCUCUUUUGUACAGGAUAUUAUGUUGGUCAGUUGCCUUCCUUUCUCGUCGUUCAGUUUAUGGGGAAGUGGGAUAUUUAUCUAGUUUAGCAAGUAUCAAAUAAAUAUGUAUACAUAUUUUGCUUAAUUUUGUAAUAUUUUAUUAUUUAUAAAAGUAAACUAAAGUGCAUAGAAAUCGGCUCACUUUAAACUUUUGAUUUGAACUAUAUUUUUCAGAAACUCUUACUCGGAUCAAAAAAGAGAUGUACUGUUUGAAAGAUAAUUUAAUAUGCUUUAAUAUGAACAUACAUUUAUGAAACAUGAUUUCGACUUCUUAUGUUGAAAAAUGACUACAUCAAGCAAAUUAAUUUUUUGUAGUGCUAACACAAAAAGGGUAUUUCACAAUUAAAAAUUAAUGCUUUUAAUACUGCUUAAUAUCGGGUGUCCACUUAUAUUUUCCCCCAUUUUAACUCUCUAUAACUUCUAAACGGCUCAAGAUAGGAAUAUGUAGUUUUAGCUGAAAUGUUUUAUUUUAGUAAAAGUUUUUUCUGAAUGGAUUGAGUUUUUUAUAUUGCUUUCAAUUAUGAAAAAAAAUGGCGGAUUUUUGAAAAAACUUUGUUGACUUUUUUCUAAUGGAACACCCAGUAUAUUUUUUUGCAAAUUGAAAUAACGGUCAUUCACCUGUCCAGCGAUAUAAAGUUUUUUAAAAUCGGUUGUCAAAUGACUGAGUAAUUAAUUUUUAAAAUGAGAGGUGCAACGUGGAUAUCACAUAACUAAAUAACAUAACUAAGCAAAUUGAUAUUGUUAUGUGACUUCCACAUUGCAUAUCUCAUUUUAAAAAUUAAUUGUUCAGUCAUUUUUGAUAAUUGAUUUUAAAAAACUUUAUAUCGCUGGAUAGGUAAAUGUCCGUUCUUUCAAUUUACAUAAAAAUAUAUUGGAUGUUUUAAUAAAAAAAGUCAACAACGUUUUUUUUUUCAAAAAUCCGCCAUUUUUUAUUUAAAAGCGAUAUAAAAAAAUUCAAUCCAUUCAAACAAAACUUUUACUAAAAUAAAACAUUUCAGCAAAAACCGCAUAUUUCUAUCUGGAGUCGUUUAGAAGUUAUAGGCAGUUAAAAUGUGGGAAAAUAUAAGUGGACACCCGGUAUAAUAAUGCGUAUGACCUCCUCUUGCAUUAAUAACUGCUGAUACUAUUAGGCAUAUAUCUAAUUAAGUUCCCUAUUGUUUCGUGAGGGAUGUUAAGCCACUCUUCUUCUAUUGCGACAAUAAGCUCUAUUGCACAAUGUUCUAAUGGAUUGAGAUCUGGACUGCACGUUGGCCAUUCCAUGAUCAGAAAACCUACUUUGGUAAUGUACUCUUGCACGAUUUUUGAGGUAUGUGGCCUUGCAUUGUCCUGCAUAAAAAUAAAUUAGUUUCCAAAGUAGUCAACGUAAGGUACCACAUGCAUUGCUAAAAUCUCCUCGAUGUAUCUAACACCCGUUAAACCUCCUCGCCCGAGAAGACGGUUACCCUACGAAUGAAAACAAGGUCGGUUCGUACCCCCACAGAAAUUGCACCCCAGAUCAUGCAGGAACCACCUCCAUAAGGACCUCGCACUUCAAUGCAGCAUACUACAAAUUGCUCUCCUCGUCUUCGGUAGAGUUUCUUCGGUCGCUACUGUAGAGAAAUAUUCUGGCCUCAUCUGAGAACAGAGCAGAACUCCAUUGUCCCAACGUCAGUUCAGAUGAUCCUGUGCAAAUCGCAUGCGUGUUUGACGAUGACCUGCAGUAAGUUUUUGACCAAUUGCAAAUACUCGAGGAGUCAAAUUAUUUUCAUCCAGUUUUCGUCUUACUCUCCACUGACUAAUCUUCUUUUGGUGGCUAUUCGUUUCAAAUAUUGGCGAUCAUUCUGGCUAUAAUUAUUUUAUUAACUGAUGAUUUAAAUAUAUUAGUUGUUGUGGAGAGCCAUUUCGUCAGGUUUCCACUGACUAAUAACCAUUCCUAUUACUUCACGGACCUGUUUUUGCACUUGAGAGACAUUAAGGUGAUGAUCUUAAUAUUGUCGACACAGUAAAGUGAUCAUCACGAGCAAUAAUUGUAAAGUCGCUUUCUACUAGUUCCAGGUCGUCUACAAAAGGAUCCAGUCUCCUCAUAAAGUUGUAACGCUCUUCGAACCGCGGCGAGUGUCAUAUCCAGUUGUACAGCAACAUAUCUCUGGCUAAGUGCAUUUUCUUCAAUGCAAUAACUUUCUCCGGUGUAGUGUCCAUUAAACUUACACACACCUGAACACCUACUAAUUAUGAAAAGCAAACAAUAUGCCAUUGUUAGUUGCAAAGGCAAUAAUAACAAAUUUUCACAAAUUUCUUAUUAUCGUUAUAAACAUCAAAUAAACGCUGUUCUAUGUUUUUCAGUUGCUACGCAUAUAAAUGAUAAGAAAUCCAUGGCAAAUUUAUGGUCAUAUUAAAGCCUAUUAAAUUAUCUUUCAAAAAGUAUAUAUACCUUUUUUAUUGGAAGUAAUUAGUUUCAGAAAUAAAUAUAGUUAAAAUCAAAGGUUUAAAGUGGUCCGAUUUCUGUCCACGCAAGUUUAGUUCAACUUUGCUAAUCUUCCUUUAUUAAGAAGUAAAUUUUCUAUUUAUUCAUAUAAUUAUUUAUUAAUUACAAUACAUAUAUUAUAUGUUAUUAUUCAGUAAGUUUGCAUUAAAUUAACUUAAUUAGAAUUAGCGACUAAAGAUAUACAUCCAUUUUGUUGUUUUGUCAGUUAUGACCAGACCUAGUACCUUCGGUUGUGGUUUUCUGGUGAUCACAGCUUCUCUCUAAAGUGACUGAACACUAAUAGUGCCUAGCUCAGUACGUUUGUCGGCCCGGCUAGCCCGGUAUUAGUUUUCGACUUUUUAAUGACUGUUACCUCAUAAAAACGGUAACAGAACACAAAAACAGGCUGUGAUUCAUCUGUUUGAUGACCAAUAUUUAGUUGUCAAAAGUCCGUGUAGUCAUUUUAAAGGUUCUGCUGCCGCUUGACCUUGUUUCAAUUCAGUGGCGUAUGUUGAUGUUAAAAAGUUUUUCGCCAAAAGGUACGUUUAUUGAUAGGGAAUUUAAGGACGAGUUUUCACGUCGAUGGAGGACUAGCAACGAAGUUUAUAGAAUAAAACACGCAACCGUCCAAAAAUGUUUAUUCUUAAAGUAAAAGAAAUGUAAUACGAGAAACUUAAGAAAAACAACACGAAAACAAUUCUAACGAUAACAAUAUCCAAUUCAUGAGUAAUUUACUAACGUAUAAUAGUAAAAUAUAGGGCCGUUGUGUCUACUAAAUAUCUUGUGAAUUGGCGAAACUAGAAUAAGCCAGAAAAACCAGGUCAAUGAAAGUUAUGUUACCGAAAAAAAAAACAAAUUAAAUCUGUACGCGCCACUCACCCCCAAUUGACUUAAAUUCGGCACGCAUAGGUGACUAUGCACUUGGACCUGAGGGAUGCAGAUAUUCUGUGUCUCUGUUCACAUUCAGAACCAUACACAUGCAUAUUUGUCGUGCUUUCAAAUGCAAUAAAUACCUAGCAUUUAUAAUGUAGGUUUUCAUUUAAUACACUAAAUACAAAACACUUCAAGCGUAAGCUAAUAAGUUGAUCCGACUCGAAGGACCAACGUUGUAGCUUACACUUAAAGUGUUUUGUAUUUACUGAAUUAAAUGAAAAACUUUUAUUGCAUUUAAAAGCGCGACAGAUAUGCAUUUGUGUGGUUUUGAAUGUGAACACUGAUCUCUGCGUCCCUCACGUUCAGGUGCGUAGGCAUCUAUGCCCACUAAAUUUAAAACGUAAUUGGGUGUGAGUGACGCGUACAAAAUUUUUAUUUACCUCUACGGUAUGAUGAGAUAGAAAAAUUAGUUUAGAUAUGCUAAGGAUUGGCACCUUCAUGUAAAACAACUAACUAAGAUAUGAUUAUGACGUUCUUAUAUACAACAGUUCUAAUCUAUAAUAAUUUUUGAAAACUUCGAAUUUUUAUGUAGAGAAUGUAAAAUCAUCAAUAAAUAAAAAUUCUUCAUUGAACUCGUUUUUAAACUCUACUGUCAGUUUCGUAUAAUAAACCACAAUAAUACCUUUUGAUGUACAGGGUAUAUUUUUGUAAAUAGCAAAGUUUUGGAACUGCUACGUUCUUUUUGGCGUAUACUAAGUUCGAUAUCGGGUGUAUUUUAGCCAUUUCGAUCUGGUAUUUUUUCGUUACUACCAGUAGAUGUACAUUCUAGUGUUAUCGAUUUUACAAAAUAAUUUUGUCGGAUGAACUGAGCAUGCGUGCUUUCUUAUUCGAAAAAACAUCCAUGUUACGCUGUCAAUUGUCAAUUGCUUUCGAUGUCAACUUUUUAAAUUUAAUAAGAAUAUAAUCUGAAAGACUUGUAAUAUAAUUUUAUAUUUAUCGAAAUGCGACUUUGUUUUCCAGAGUGAGGCUCUUGUACGAUUUCUAAAAUUUGACUAUAAAAUCCAGAGUGCACUAGUCAGUGAAUGACCUAUUUACCUCGUCUUUCAAGCAAGUUCUAUCUGAAGAGCUAAACAUAGCGAAACACUUGUCACAGAAUGGCAGGUUAGACGAGGUAUGGAUAUUACUUUUCGUUUAAUAUUUACAUUCUUCCAGUUCAGAAUAUUUUUCACUUUCAGCCUUCUUCUAUAGCUUCCCCAAACGUUUUUCAAGGUUACUCAUUAUCUUCAGAUCCCUUGGAUGUAUCCCUCUAGUAGACCAUUCUCUAAAUGCUUCUGCUGUUCGAUAUGUUCGAUUUCUCCAAAAUCUCAGUGGCUGUAUUGUUUUUUGAUAAAAACAAUUCAUAUGAUAAAAACCUCCGAAUAAACCCACUUGUUUUUACACAUCAAAAACGAUUGAGAGUCUAAACGUAACCAAAACAUCAGGACUUAUAGUUUGUCUCUUUCCUUUAAUUUGCAAGAAGUUUUCUAUUCUCCUUUCAGAACGCAUAAAUUUCGUUGAUUGUAAUGAAAAUACUUUUUCUUAAAACAUUCCCGCAGACUGGAUUAUAAAUUACCAAUAAAGUGGAACUGUAGCCAAUUUUUUUAGACGAAAUCGUACAAUAGAACUAACUUACCACAAUUGUUUCGUCCAGAUUUGUACUUAAAAGUUCCCAUUGUAAAGCUGUAAAAAAAUCUUAAAUCGAGCACUCGGGUGGUAGUAGUAGUAGAAAUCGACAUUCGAUAUAACAAUCGAUAUUACAAGUAGGGUAGAAACGUUUGUGCAGCUGUCAAAUUGAAUAUGUUUAGUCGGUUUCCGAAUGGGAAGGUGUUUCAAAAUUAUUGAUUAAAACUAAACAAAAUCCUGACGAUUUGUCGUACUUAACACAACUUGGUUAAAAACUAUCAACUAACACACUAACUUGAGGUGAGUGUAAGACUCACUCUAAUCGUUAUAUAUUUUGGGUAGUUUUACUCACUGACCGGUUUUCUUAAUUUUUUUUUUCGUAGGGAACUUACUGAAAUAUAAUCUACGAGCCAUCAGUAAUUUCAUUGUUAUAAUUUUUUGAUAAAUCUGUAUUAUUUACACCACUGAUUUUCUUUACUGCCAAAUUUGUAUUCAUCUAUAAAUAUGUAUCUUGUUUUAAAUUUAAUAACUAGAAAUCAUUUAUAAAACAGAGCUUAUACCAGUCUAAAGAGAAUCCACAUUAAAAAAUAAUUUGCUGUAGUCCGUUCUAUAUCAUUAAUCACAAAAAAUUAGUCAAAAUUCUUUAUAAAAGGCAUAUUUAUAUCAGGAAAAAACUCUUGACUACAUCACAGGACGUUUUCGGACUAACAAUUCCAUCAUCAGUGCUGUUUAGUGGUUAGGUUGCUUAGAGUUGCUAUCUAGAGUCCAUAUUGUAAGGUUUUAACCUCAGAACCAGCAACCCACAGUGUGGGAAAGUCCUACGUUGUCAUAAUGUAAAGUCAUGGACAAUUUUAAACGUCACAUAUUAUUUUAUACAAAAUGCACUUUAUAACAAAACUUUAUAACAACGUUAUGCCAUUUAAAGGAUUUUCACCCAUACAUUUUAGUAGCUCAAAGCAUGUAUACCUGUAAUCAACACUGAUGAUGGAAUUGUUUUUCCGAAAACGUUCUGUGACGUAACCCAAAGGGCUCUUUUUUAAUAUAAAUAUACCUUUUACAUAGUAUUUUAAUUAAUUUUUUCUAAAGAGAAUGUGAGAACCUUCUACAAGAACUCAUUGUUAUAUUAAGAUAAAUUUCUUAAAUAUCCAUGCAGGAUAUUCGUCGAAAUAAUUGUUUUUAAAAUUAAGUUUUGUUUUGUUAUCAUAGGCAGAAUUGUGAGGAUGAUGAAAGGCGUCUCAUGACACUGAUGGUGUAGGAGGUGCUAUGUAUGUCUUCAUCACCGCUUCAUUUACUGUGAAAUGUUUAGAUUUUGUUUCUAGUAAGUUAUCGUCAUAGUGAUUUCGCAAAAUCCCAGCGAUACUGUCGGUACAAUCAUUUUUGCGUCAUCACAAAACCAAACCAGUAAUCAUUUGUAUAAGCUCACGGUCCAUUUUUAGAGAUUUUUCAAAAAAGUCAACGCACAAACUUGUAAUAGACAAUUAAUUAAUAGCUGUAAUGAAACAUUUUUAAAAAUUUCAAUAUAAUUGUAGAGAGCAACAUCGAUAUUCUUAUAAUGAAGAAAUAUAUUUGACAACGUCGUAAAGGCGUUACUGUGUGCUUUCAGUGUACUAGCAUUACUAUUUAAUAGAUUUGGACUGUCCCUAUAUAUAAUAUAAUAUAUAUAAGAGUUUUGAAAUUUUGAAAUUUUAAAAGGCCUGCCUGUAAGUAUGAAUAAAGUAGAGAACAGUAGACUUGUCAAAGAGGAAGUAAUUAAUGAUUUAGUUGGAUGUUAUUCGAAGCGGUUUAAGGCAAAAUAGAUACUUUUUUAUUCUCUCACUCAUCUUUAUUUUUCCCAUGCCAUGCAGUAUGAAAAUACGUUUAAUAAAUUUGAUUUCAUAUUACCAAAUGAGUGUUAAAAUUGGAAUAAAAUAAAUCCUGUAUUCAUCAAUUUAAAUUUCAACUUUGUAUUAGUCACAAGACGACCGAAAAUAAUUUUAGUACAAGUCGACACAAAUAUGUGAAACCGCCAAGAUCAGAUCGAUCGAAAAUUUUGGUUACGCGACGUUGUCAAAUCAAUCAGAUUUCAAAGGUUUUUCGGAUUUUUAUUUGUUAUCUGUUUCACAGUAAAAUUUCCUUCUGCUUCCUGCGUAAAUAUCAAAACAUUGUGUAUAAUUUUACGGAAUUGUGCACUUAAUUAGGGGACGCCAAGUUCUUGAAAAUUUCAAGAUCUUGUCUUGAUUUGUCUUGAUUUCAAGAGAAGUAAUUUUAGAUUUCAAGACAAGACAAGAAAUUUUUUGUCAAUACCAAGAUUUCUUGAUUUCUUGACAAGAAAUAAUCAAGACAAGAUCUUGAAAUGUUGAGAUUUCUUGUCAAGAAAUCAUGAAAUCUUGAAAUAUCUUGACUAGGUAUUAAUUUGUGAAAAAGAUAACAUAUUUUAACAUAAAAUACCGUAUUUUAAUAUAUUGAACACUUUUUUGCUAAAAAGAUUUACAAAUGUAAAUCAAGUAAAUGUAACAUAAAUUUUUAAAUCGGAAUUAAUGAGCCAUGAAUUAAGGCAGAUAAUACUUCUUAUGCUGGGGCCACCAUAACGGCAUUAGACGUUACUAUGGCCCCAGCAUUAUGGAGUUAACGUCUUACCGAUUUCUUCACUUUGUUAUUGUUAAAUCUGCUAUUGAAAAUAGCCUUUCCGCAGGUAUAGAUGUUACUGGCGUUUUGAGAAAAUCCUCAACCAUUUUCGAUUAUAACGGGUAGACAUUCUCGUGUCUUCUCUACAAAUCAAGUAGAUUCUCAGCAUCUUCUGACCUAGGCUCAUUUAAGUAUUCUUUGACUCUGGUGUUAGAUUCUGUAGGUCAUUCUGGGAUUUAUUAAGCCGUGUCAGCACGCAUCGCAAUAAAAAGGUCGCCGAUGAAUCACUGGACCAGGUAAUCAAGAAAUUUCAAGAUCUCGAAAUUUCUUGAGUCAAGACAAGAUAUAACAUGUCAAGAAAACGUCAAGACAAGAUUUUUUAAAUUUCUUGAUUUUUUCUCAAGACAAGACAAGAAGUUGUUAUCAAGACAAGAAUUCUUGUCUUGUCGACCCCUACACUUAAUGUCCUAUUUUUCACGGCACUUGAAAUAUUCAUAUUUACAAAAAAUAUAUAUAUUGAAUGUAUUCUAAAUAAACAACUACUCGACCAUUUUAUCUGGCAAUGUCGCAAAACCACUGAUUUCGUGCACAAUGCAUUUUAAAUGAAUGUUUACUCUUUGUACAAAUGCUUUCAACUGAAGUCCCCGCUCCUUGAUUUGCUACCUGGAUGAUCUUCGCAGUUUCAGAUAUUUAUGUACAAGUGUAGGUAACUCAGAUAAAAGCUUUAGAUUUCCUUUAUUUCCUAAAUUGUUAUAACUUCCUUAUAGUUUUCAAUAGCACAAAUGUUUCAAAUUUUGAGUAGAAAGUAAAUUUGCAAGAUCUGCCCCUUACUGGAAUCUCUCUUAACAAAAUACUCAAUCAUUGUGUAAGCCAAACUCGCGAUGUGUGACGACAGGGUAAUAUAACACUCCUGUUACUAGUUGCAUGUACAACAUUUGUAAGAACCAAUCAUAAUUCUUGAGAAGUUAAAAGUAUCUCUUUUGUUUAAGCACUUUUUAAACAAUGCCAGUGCAUAUACAUAUAGAAGAAGAAACACCUCUGACUUACCAGUCUGUGACAAUAUAUAGCUUUUUUUCCAGUGGAAGGACGAUAUAAGUUUAAAUUUUGUGCCAGUAAACCAAAACAGGCAAACCACUCGAAAUUCAAAAUAGUAAGUGAACUACAAUCCCUUUUGUCGUGGCUUGCCUUUUUCGGGUUUAACUACUACUUUGACAAGUCUAUUUCGGUGUAUUUUUGUACCCAAUAACAAUUGUUUUAAGCGGGUCGGUUGAUGUCUUUUUUCCAGGCGUACUGUUGACUGAUUUAGAUGUAGGGUACUGUGCUUUUCGUUUUAUUUUUUGUUAUGCGGACGUUGUUUUUGACUCCAUGUCGUUUUGGAAGCAAGCUCCACAAUCGAUCUCGCAUUUGUAAAUAUCCUGUAAAAAUUGCUCAUGUAAAAAUUGUUUUUGUUAAUAUGUACUGUUUAUCAAGAAAGAAACGAUAGAUCAUUGCAAGUUUUGAAACACAUCUACCUUUUUUGGCAUAUACAGACCAAGGGGUCAGUUUGGCGUCAAAAUUUAUAAGCAUCUUACGUGAAAAAGUUCGAUCGAUCUUUCUGUCGAAAGACAAAAACUUGGCAGCGAUUUUUUGUUUCUUAACGAGUUUAUGCAAUCAUUUGCAAUAAUUAUUAGCCAAUGUGGGAGAAGUUUUGACUAUGAUUGCUCAUUUGGAUAUUUUAGGUCGGUCAAGUCAAAUCUUUUAUCAUAUUUUUGUAAAAAAGAUGAGUUAGGUUGUCGCGUUGUUGACUUUUACUUCUGGUGGACGACAAAAAGAUUCAAAGUUAGCAAUAUUUUUGCAUAUUACUACCUUGGUGUAAAUUUCAUGCAUUUUAAGUCCCCAUGUAUUAUAUUCAUAUUACUCUAUUAAAGUUAUUAUAUAGUGUGUAAAUUUUGUAUUGUAGUUGCUGUUAAAUACAUAUUAUUAUAUGGCAAAUAAA